CGAGGGAAGCUGCAUUAAUCUUACGAAGUUACAGUCUGCUGUGGUAACGUGUCCUCAUUUGAAAGAACAGAUACUUUUCUAAUAGAUCUGAUUUUUCAGCAUGGCAGAGAAUGAACUAUUGAGUGGAAUUGAGGAGUUUCUUUCUCCAGUAAAGCAUGAACCGUCAGACAGAGAGUACACCCCACCACCAAGGCAGAAGAAGCAGAAGGUUAAGAGAAGGCCGACGCACAAAGCCAUUUGCCCCAAGAAUCCCAGCAGAAGACUCAUAUUUUCUUCUCAAGAUGAAGAAGAGCCUUCUCCACCUAGACAUUGCAAUAAGAAGAAAAGGAAGAUGAAACGCAGGAAGAGCAGAGGGUCCAAGAAACAGAAGUUUACCGGUCGCGACGUCGAGGUUUCAGGAACCUGGGUCCAGUGUACCGACAAGGAGUGCAUGAAAUGGCGUUUCUUGUCGGACAUCACUGACCCGUCCCAUGUACCGGACGUCUGGACAUGUGAAAUGAAUUCAGAUACAUCACACAACUCGUGCCUUCUACCAGAGCAAGACUAUUCCACCCUGGACUUUGUGCAUGCCAAGUUUACAGAAGGUUCACUUGUAUGGGCAAAAAUGCAGGGAUUCCCAUGGUGGCCCGCUAUGAUUGAAGAAGAUCCCGAUUCUGAAUUGUGCCUAUAUCCAGAUCCAGUGACAGGAUAUGUGACCGACUACCAUGUUGUUUUUCUUGACAAGAAAGUCACAAGAUGCUGGGUCAAGGUUUCCAAUAUCCAGAAAUAUGAAGACGCAGCAUGUCCUGGUUCCAUGACCCUCAAAGGUCAUGAUUACUCACAGAAGAUAAAGGCAGCUAAAGAAAUAGCAGAUGGAGCGCAAAAACUACCAAUUAAGGAGAGGAUCAAGACAUUCGGAUUCAGUGCACGCUUCAAGGGUCCCUGGGGUGAGGAGAAGGAGAGGACAAGCGAUGAAGGUCAACAUGCAGAGCCGCCACGCAAGAUGAAAGGCCCCAAACCAAAGGAAAGGGUCAUCGUAGGUCCCAAACCCAAGAAACGGGUCAUCGUAGACGAGGAUUCCAGCCUUCCCGGCUCACUCCUAAGCCACUCCGACAUGGAUGAUAUCCUGGAUGAGGCUGAAGCGCUUCUAGGAGAGGUCCAGAACAUUGUGAUGGAGGUGGAGGAUGAGGUCCAAGAGAGCCUCCUUCAAGAGAUGGAGAUAGGUGAAAAAGAAUCACCAUCUAGGAAAAGGGAAGCAGAUGAUGGCAAGGAUGGCGAACCACCAGCCAAAGAGAGGAAGGGUACAUCUAAGAAGAUGGAGGACAAGAGUUCAUCUAAACAUAAGACAGGGGGAGGAGAAAGAUCAGAGAAACCAUCGAAGGAGAAACAAACCUCUGAGAUGAAACUGUCCAAACAACUGGAAAGGAUUCAGAAGAAGAAGGAGGAAGAGAUGCGCAAGUUGGAACUAUUGGAAUUUGAAGUGAGAGAAAAGAUUGAGAGAAGAGAAAAGGAGAAGCAGGCAAAGAAGGACCAGAAAGCAAAAGGGAAGCAAGAGAGGGAGGAGAAAAAGCAGAGGGAAAAGGGGGAAGAACAGGAAAGGAAAGAUAGGGAGAAACAAGAAGAGAAGGAAAAGUCCAAGCAAGAGAAGAAAGAAUUGAAGCAGAAAGAAAAGGAAGCAAAGAAGGAAUUAAAGAAGAAAGAGAAAGCUGAGAAGAAAGCUUUGAAAGGUGAUGCAGGAGAUGUCACUGAAGAUGUUGAAAAAGAAGAUGAUGCUGAAAAAGCUGCAAGGAAGGAGAAGAAACGCUUGGAAAAAGAAGAGAGGAAGAGAGUGAAGAAGGAGACGAAAGCGAAGAGAAAGGAGGAAAAGAAGAAAGAGGGCAAUGAUGGUAAAGUCGCUGAUCAGAAAGAGAAAGGGGCAGGAAAGGUGAAACCUAGUUUCCAGAAAGCAAAGAAGCCAGUGUUCUCUGCACCAAAACGGAUAGCUGUAGAACCAGCCCCAGCUCUUCCAGAACAACCAACUCCUGCGGAAGAGUCUUCAGUCAGCAAAGAGAUAGGAGCGCUCAUCAAAGAGAUUGUUAAUGAGACGGACCAAGGUAGUAUAGUUGCCUUUGAGUCUCCUGUGAGUACCACCGAUGUCCCUGCAGUUACUUCUACUGAUCUCCAAGUUACUCGGACAAGUCCUGCCAAGAGCAUCAAGAAACAGUUCAAGCCUAAAUUCAGCAUCAAAACCAAAGAUGGACACAGCCUUUCUGAGGCAAAUCUUCCAGAUUGUACAACAACCGCACCCCCCGCUCCUGCCAGUGGAGGUGGUCUGGAUGCUCUUGACGAGGAGACGUCGGUUGACAUCAGCAAGAUCCUUGAGGUCAACACCAAACAAGACUGUUCGGAAACCUCAGAAGCAGAUCCAGCCAAAGAGAACAACAGCGAUCCUCUAGCAUUUCCUCUAUCUCAGAUGACGGGCAAGCAGCUGGAACUCCUGCCCAAGCCUGAGCACCAGGAAGACGCAGGUGAGCACCAAAAAGACGCAAGUGAGCACCAAACAGACACAAGGGAGCACCAAACAGACACAAGUGAGCACCAAAGAGACGCAAGUGACAAGCAUCUUACCAACGCAGAGGAGGCACCAGGGCAGGACUCUCAGCUCAGUCAAGGUCCGAAGAUCGAUGACACCAUUGCUGAAGAUACCAAACUCCUGAAGACCUUGGACCCACCUGACAUCCUGGAGUGCAGUCCAGACCCAGCUGAUUGGUCCGAACCUGAUGAGCCUCAGACAGUUCCUGGGCAGAAGAGGGUGAUGGUCGCUACUGCUGCAGCAGCUAAUGGGAAUGAUAGCGAGGACUCUGAACCCUUUGACAUGGAAGAGUAAGUCUGUUUGAU